AUGGAAGGUGUGGUGCAGGCUGGGGAAAAGGCUAUCGAAGAUGUAGUAGCUGGCCCUACUAGACCACCCUUGACAAAGUCUUAUGCGAGGGCGGUGGGAGGGUCACUGCCAGUUAUUGAUGACUUGCCGGAUCCGAUAAAAGCUGGGAACUCUACAAAGGUUGUCAUUCCCCAGGAGGCGUACGAAAAAGAGUUGCUUGGUUUCAAGAAUGCUUUGAUUGGGAGGACUAAUUUCCGGUUCAUUACUGUGGAUGAGAUAAGGGCUGCAAUUAGAACUUCAUGGAGAUUAGAGGUGGGGGUGGUACUAUCGCCGCUGGGGAAGGGGUUCUUUCUUGUCGAGUUCGAGAAGGAGGGAGAUAUGGCUGCUAUCUGGAAAAGGGGGUCGAGGAGGGUAGGCUCACAAGCGAUAACAUUCCAACGAUGGAGGCCACGGUUCAACUUAAAUGAUAGAACGAUGUCGAACAAGCUGGUCUGGAUAAGAUUCCCAGACCUCCCUUUGGAAUAUUGGAAUGAGAAAAUUCUGUUAUCUAUGGCCAAGGCGGCGGGGAGGCCGGUGACGAUUGACCCUUGCACCCAACGUGUGAUGUUUGGGAAUUGUGCGACAGUUCUGGUGGAGCUCGAUAUAGAUGGGGAGAGGAUUAGUGAAAUUCAGGUUGAGCACAUGCACCCGUGCUCGAGGGAUCCCUUUUGGUUUCAUCAAACCAUCGUUUAUGAGGAUGAGCUUGAGUGGUGCAGGUUCUGUAAAAAGGUGGGGCACUCAUCAGAGAAGUGUCGUUCGAAGGUGUGGUCUGAGGCUACCGAUACCGGCAGGGGAGACGAUCAAAAUGCCAAUACAAAUUUUGAGUGGGUAGAUGGCCGGAGGUGGCGCUGGCGCAGCAGAAAGAGGCAAGGUCAGGCUAACUUGUCACCAGAGAAUCGUGUGGAAUUAGGAAACCCGAUCCAACGGGGUGAUCUUAAUCUAAACUCUCCUUUCUUGGAGAGCUCUCAUAAGCAGAUGGAGGAAGUUGGCAUGAGACAUGAUUGA